AUUAUUUCUUCCUGGGAGCUGAAUUUCAUACACUACGAAUUGGCAUUCCUAAUCAGACUCUCUCUCUCCAACAUGGCGUCUGUAUUUUCUGUCGAAAAUGCCAGGGCUCAGUUCCCCGCUCUGGCCAAGAAGCAGAUAUUUGGCGAUAAUGCUGGUGGUAGCCAGGUCCUCGGAACUGUUGCAAAAAGCAUUUCCCAAUACCUCGUCGAGACGAAUGUCCAACUCGGCGCAAGCUACAAGACGUCGACCCAGUCCACCGGCAUCUUUGACGACGCGUACAAAGCAGCUGCCAAAUACGUCAACGCGAGUGUUGAAGAAAUAGUCAUUGGAGCUUCAACAACGCAGGUGCUUCGAAACCUCGCCGCGGCUCUCAAACUACAGCCUGGCGACGAGGUGAUUCUCUCUGAAGCUGACCACGAGUCCAAUAUUGACCCGUGGCUGCAUCGUGCUGCCCUCGCCGGCGCGAGAGUCAAAUGGUGGACACCUGUUGACAGCAAGAACCCCAAACUGGACCCUGACGCGCUGCAAAAUCUCAUGACGAGCAAGACGCGUCUCGUUGCUUGCACGCAUGCCAGCAAUAUCCUCGGGAGCAUUCAAGACAUCAGAGCCAUUGCCAAUGUCGUACAUGAAGUUCCUGGAGCCCUACUGUGUGUGGAUGGCGUUGCGUACGCACCACAUCGAGCCAUUGACGUGGAGGAAAUUGGAGCCGACUUCUACGCCUUUUCAUGGUACAAAGUAUACGGCCCCCACAUCUCCAUUUUAUACGGAUCACGGGCGGCUCAGGCUCAGCUUGAAUCGCUGGGCCACUACUUCAACCCAUCUGGCAGUCUGAUGGACAAGUUAGAGUUGGCCGCCGCCAGCUACGAGCUGACGCAGUCCAUAAUCCCACUCGUUGCGUAUUUUGGGGAGGAUGUAAAGCAGACGUGGGCGGCCAUAGCAGAGCACGAGGAAAAGCUCCAGAAGCGCCUCAUUGACUACCUCGUGUCGCGGCCUGAUAUCACCAUCUACGGUGAGACAUCAACAAAAUCGUCCGCUCGAGUGCCCACUGUAAGCUUCAAAAUUCGGGGACGUUCAUCACAGAGCGUUGUAGAGGCCGUUGAGGCCAUCUCCGACGUUGGCAUUCGGUGGGGCCAUUUCUUUUCCAAGAGGCUCGUGGAGAAGAUCCUUGGACUUGACGACGACGGCGUCGUGCGUGUGAGCUUGGUGCAUUAUAAUACUGUGGAGGAGGUCGACCAGAUUGUCCAGGCUUUGAAAAAGGUUCUAGGGUCAAAGUAGACAACGGAAGAAUUGUGUGGCUAUGAGAACAUCUGCGAGUCCAAAGACGUAACGAAUGAAACAAGAUUGUGUCUGAGCCCUAGGUCUGAUAAUUUCGUCAAAGAUCUCUCUGGAGAUUUAUCGGAACCACUAGGUAGAUACAAUAGCAGCACGUUUAAGUAUGACGAUGGAGGCGCGUUCAAACAGGACUACUUAGGUGAGCGCUUUUGUGUCACAUUGGCAACAAUGCUGAUUACAAUAUUGCCACGACCCCAUCCACAAGUAUCAACUUCAGUUGACAGGCCCUAUGUAAGACCUUAUGUAAUUCAGCGAUUUGUC